AUGCCUGCCAGCUUCACUGUCGUUCAGGAGAAGUCUCUUGCCUCGCAGGCAUGUUUGGCGGAGUGGAGUGGCGACAAGGACCUGCUGGCCCUCGUGUGUCGCGAUCAGCAUCUGCUAGUCUUCCGCCUCAACUGGCAGCGCCUCUGGGCCGCCAUAUCUGAGGUGCCUGUGACUGCGCUGACGUGGCGGCCAGAUGGGCGGGCCAUUCUGACAGGGCAUACAGAUGGCAGCAUCGUGUACCGCCACGUGGAGUCGCCUGUCUCCCCCCAUCCCUGCCUCCCCUCGUCCCUGUCUCCCCCCAUCCCUGCCUCCCCUCGUCCCUGCCUCCCCCCAUCCCUGCCUUCCCCUCUCCCCCCUUCCCCCUGCUGGGCGGAGACGUCAUCCACCAGGUCUCCUCCUUCCACUCCGCCCCCUUCCUCCGUCCCUCCCUCUCCCCAAUUCCCCCAACCCCUCUUUUCUUUCCCCUCCCGUUCUUCACCCUUCCCCCUGCAGGGCGGAGACAUCAUUCACCAGCACCAUCCCCACCACCGGUACCUCCCUCCUCUCUCCCCAUCCUCCCUCCUCGCCAACCUCCCCUCCCUCUCCCCCCUCUCCUCCUCCCCUGCCGGCCCGCUCCCUCCCUCUGCCCCCUCCCCACCUUUUCCCCACGGCCCCUACCACGACCGCACUCACAUCUACCUCCCCCGGGCCCCACCCGCCUCUUCCCUCCCCUCCUCCGCCUCCCUCUCUGGAGCCGCGGUUGCUGACUCAGCUGCUGACGUGGACGGGGCCCGCGCGCCUGAGGAUGAGCGGGCGGUGCUGACACCUGAUUUCGCCCACCUUAUCGUCGUCAGUGCCAGCAGCAGCAACCGGGAUGGGAAGCAAGGGCGGCAGGGAAAGCAGGAGCAGGACGAAGCUGGCUGUGAGCUAGCACUGUUUGACACGGCCAUGAUGAGACACAGCCUCUGGGAGGUGCUGGCAAUGGCGACCCAAGGGGCGGCGCUCACAGGGCUCAUGGAGUCCGUGUCCAGCCACUGCUGCCGCCAUGCACGGCCUAUGGGAGGCGCCAGCCUGUCAGUGGCGGGAGGAAGGGUGCAGGGGCUGCAGCGACUGCUGGAGGAGAACGACUGCCCCUCGGACCCUCGAUCAGAGCUCCUGUACAUGCUGGCAACAGGAGCUGCCAGCACGGAUUUGAACAGCUUCUUCACAGAUACUCUCGCAGGCGAAGCGGGGAGUGAAGCUGCUGGCGCGAAAGAUAGAGACGACGCGCUGUACUCUCUGCUUCACAGCUGCACUCUCUGCUCACCGCUGCACUCUCUGCUCACGCUGACACUCUCUGCUCACUGCUGUACUCCUCUGCUCACGCUGCCACUCUCUGCUCACGCUGCACUCUCUGCUCACGCUGCACUCUCUGCUCACGCCUGCACUCUCUUGCUCACGCUGCACUCUCUGCUCACGCUGCACUCUCUGCUCACGCUGUACUCUCUGCUCACGCUGCACUCUCUGCUCACGCUGCACUCUCUGCUCACGCUGCACUCUAUGCCACGCUGCACUCUCUGCUCACUGCUGCACUCUCUUGCUCACGGCUGCACUCUCUGCUCACGCUGCACUCUAUGCUUCACGCUGCACUCUCUGCUCACGCUGCACUCUCUGCUCACGCUGCACUCUCUGCUCACGCUGCACUCUCUGCUCACGCUUGCACUCUCUGCUCACGCUGCACUCUCUGCUCACGCGGCACUGCAACCAGUAUUGCUGGCUACUCUGCCAACUGUCACCUGCCCCUCACACAUUCAACCCUCAUAUUUACCUUGCCCACCCUCAGGAGGAGUGAAGCGCCUGGCGAGAACGAUAGAGACAGCAGGGAACGCGCUGCAUGAUGGGUUGUUACAGGAGGCGAUGGAGGAGGUGAAGGUGGCGAUGGUGUGGAGCGAGCGUGUGGUGCGGCUGCUGGCGGUGGUGCUGCCGCAGUUUGCCGCCUUCUUUGUGUGGCUGCUGCGCUGCAUCCGGGCGGCGAACGAGGAUGAGGACGAGGACGUCAGGCCGGGCGGCAACGCUGCCAGCAGCCAGGCGCUGCUGGUCAACACGGCAGUGGUGGCGGAUUUUCUCCACCAGCACUUUGACCGCGACCCCAUCAAGGCACACCUGGACCCACCUGCCCCAGAUGACACCUCCCCAGGCGCCAGGGUGCCACCUCCACCCAUGUUCGCUGGCAUCACGAGUGGCACGCACGAGGAUGGGGACGUGCUGCUAAGAGAAGUCGUCUGCGACCUAGCUGGAAUCACCAACCCAGCAGCCGUGCAUCCCCAGGGAGGCAACACUCUCCGGCAGCAGCUGGAUCUAGUGCGAGACAGUUGUGAAGCGGUGCUAUUAGCCACGACAGCCAGCUUCACUGCUCGUGCCGUGCUCGCCCUGCCGCCUCUGCCUCUGCCUGCUGUGCCGACCACACAUCUUCUGACUUCGAGCCAAAUGAUCGCCACCCAACAGAUUGCCGCCCAGCAGAGAGCACCUGCUCAAGCACAAGCUAAAGAUGCAGCAGCAACAGCAGCAGCAGCAGCAACAGCAGCAGCAGCAACAGCAGCAGCAGCAACAGCCGCCAUGCCUGUUCGGGCGCCUAUCAGCAUCUGCUGCCCCCAACCAGCUUUCUACUCACCCACCUUUCUUCCUCCCUUGCUCUCCCCACUGCAGCCUUCCUCGCUGCUCAACUCUGGUAAAGCCACCAUCACCCCUCACCACCGCCUCCCACCACUCUCCAAGUGCGUCGUUGCGCUUCCCCUCCUCCUGUCGUCCACCCCUGGUAGCAGCAGCAGCAGCAGCAGCAGCAGCCAAGUGUUGGACCACCACAUUGCGCUGCUGCUCACCGCUGCCGCUGCCACUAAAGCAGGCAGCGCAGCAGCAGGGGCCAUGCAGCAGCAAGCCGGGGAGCAGCAGCAGCAGCAGCAGGGGAGGCUGGUGGUGUGUCCGAUGGAGGGACUAAUCUUCACAGGGAUCCAGCUGGGCCACGGAGACACACUCCUGCAGGUACAGAUAUGGCCUCGGGCAACGCCCUUUCACCUUCUUGAGGGCGCCUCAAAAUCACAUCACCCCCGCUCUCAUUCCGCUUCUCCCCUUUCUCGAACCCCUCCUCCCUUCUCCAAUCCUCUGCGCAGCAUCUACCGCCCUCUCAGCCCCUGCCCUCGGAGGGCCUCAGGCAACGCCCUCUCACCUUCGCCCCGGCCUCUCAUGCCGCUCGCUGCUAGCUCUGCUCGUGGCUUGGCUGCGGUGUUUGGGGCUCAGCGGAGGGUGUUGGUACUGGACCUUGAGGAGGAGGAAGAGGAAGAGGAGGAUGAGGAAGAAGGGGAGGAGAAUGAGGAGGAUGGGGGAGAGGACAACGAGGAAGGAGAGGAAGGAAAGGGGGCUGAAGAGGGAGGAUGA